GUUCUUGGAAUCAAAGCGAACGGGUUAUGAUGUCGCCGCCUCUACGGUAUCAAAAAGACCAACAAAAUCAGCAACAUCAGCAAAAUCAAUCACAGCAAGCUGCUCAUCAGAUGGUCUCUUUCAUGCCACAAACACCGACUUCUCUUCCAUCAACUCCGAUACAACUUUAUCCAACCGGAGCAGCCGCACUAAUACCAGCACCACCUACAUACGAGCUGAUUCCAAACCGUAUUUUCGUUGGUGGCUUCCCAACUUCGACCACAGAAACUGAGUUGCGUGAACAUUUCGAGAAAUUCUUCGCUGUGAAGGACGUCAAAAUGGUUAAAUCACUUGAUGGUCAGUCAAAGGGAUACGGAUUUAUCACCUUCGAAACCGAAGAUCAAGCAGAGGAAAUUCGUAAACUGACUCCAAAGCAGUUGGAAUUCCGUAGCAGGAAGCUCAACCUAGGUCCAGCGAUCCGAAAAAUAAACUCCAAUAGUUUUCAACCAAGCUACGCAAUCGCCACUCCAAGUCAGCUCGUUGCGGCAUCUCCAGGACCAUUCAGCUACGCCAUUCCGGCAUCUCCAAGUCCAUAUAGCGGAUACUCCUAUCCUGCUUCGCCUCAGAUGUUCGUCUAUCCUCCGUUACGCAGUCAGGAUCAAAGCAGGCAGCAAUCUGAGCAACAAACUACUCCGCAGAAUAGUCCUACUAAUCUGCAACAUCAACAAUCGCCACAAGUCUUCUUCGGUGGAGAUCAAGAUCCAAUAAGAUCUUAUGCGAGUGCAGUUGCAGGAGUUGAAAAGUCCGAAGUUUCCCCUGAAAAGCAUGAAUCAGUUUCUCCACAACCACUUCUUCCAAAUCAAAAUGUGUUGAACACUCAGUAUUCCCAAGGUCAGCAGCAGUGGAAUUCCAAUGUGCAGCAGCAGCAGCAACAACAAAUGGACUCGAACAACGGAGGUCCUUACUAUAAUGAAAAUUAUUCUCAAGGCUACACCCGUCCUCAUCCAUAUCAACAGUUUGCUCAAUCUGGGGUGUACAUGAACAGCCAAGGAAUGUACCAUUCGAGUUAUUCCUACAUGACUCCUCCACUGGCACCAGGUCAAUAUCCACAAAUGAUGUCCGCUCCCUAUUGGCAACAGCAACAACAGCACCAUCAAAGUCAUGCAUACGCUGGCUAUAAUCCCGCCUACAACAACUGGGUUGGACCAUCUGGAGAUAUGAAUCAGUUCAAACAAAAUCCGUCAAACUACUUCUAUCAAAAUUAUCCGGGAAAUUUUUCACAACAACACACGAUGGGAAACAAUGAAAAUACAUUCUCCCUUCCCCUCCAAGCUCCACGCCAAGGCAAGAAGAGCCGGAAACCAUCGGAAUGUCAGGAUAAGAAGACAAAAAGCCCAAUCAAAGGAGCUCGCACUGAGAGACCAUCGUCAUCAGCUUCGACUCCAGACGCGAAAUAUCAGAAGAACCACAGAUAUCCAGUUCAUCUUUCUCCACUUUCAGCAUCCCUCCAAUCACUAGCCAUUUCCUCGCCCACUAAGAAUAAUUAAAUACGAAUUCUACAUUUUUGUCAUUAGUAUUUUCUGUCCUUUAGGUAGUUUUCUAUUCCAUUGCUCUGGUGCCUACCAAAUAAGAAUUAAAACACGUAUUUUGUAUCCUAUACGCAACUGUAUAUUUGAUUCAAAUACUAGAAUUAGCUAGUUUCUUUCUCUUUUUCCUAUCCAAAUUAUCUUCCUUACGAAUAUUGUUCCAUUCUAUAAUGUGCUUCUGAAGCCAUCGAUCUUUUCAUAUCUUCUAGUAAGAUUGAAUUUAGAUCCCACGUUCCCCAUUCCCAUAGUAUUCAAAUGUUUUUGUAUGCCCCCAAUUUAGAAUAAAAUGAAAUCACAAUAAUGACACCAGUAGCCCCUCUCUCGCAUUACAUGGUAAUUUUGAAUCACCCAAAUUGUCCACUUUAACACCUAAAAAAUCCGAAGUAGAAUUUUGUGUGUGAUUUUAAUAAAUCUUUUCGCAGAGAA